GGCGUUUCUGAUGAGAUCGUUAUUGGUGUCAUGUAAAGCAUAGUCUCAAACUCAUAGUAGCCAUUGUGCUUUAACCAGUGUUUUUCACACCAAAAGUAAGGAAAGUGAUACACGUGUGCUCUGCCAACCGUUUCUUGGGGCUGUAGCAAAUAAGCGUUUCAAUAAAUGCUUUAACUUGGUGUUGCUCUCAAAAGGCUGCCUUCUCACAGUCCUGCUUGCAGUGUUUUAUGUGCUUGUAGGGUGAAUGCUAAAUGGUGAAACAGCUGGGCUAGUCUUCCAGCUUAUUUGAUGCUUUACACCCUGAACAGCUCUCCCUAGCACUAUUCAGCCCUGUGGACAACUGGGGAUGGCAGAGCAGGACUGAAGGCUGUGUAAGUUUAAUGCCCGUUAGGAGAAGGGGGCAUGGGAAGUUGUGGUUAGUGUCAACAUUACUGCACUGUAUCUGGCUGUGCUUUAACAUAGAUCUUAUGUGGUUAUAGCAUAUGGCAGUCAGCUCAGUAGUGAUGUAUCUUCUCUAAAGCACUAGUGUGGGUUCAGGGGAUGGUAGAAUGUGGCAUGUUCUGGCAAAGACAUAAUUCAGCAAGUCUGUUACAUGAUGUUUUGAUAUUUGUUGCACACUAGUCUCAGCACUGUGAACUUCUGUUCCUUGAAAUUCCAAUCUGUUGUGGAUUAAAUAAAGCUUAGCAAUUGCAGCAAAGUUCUGCUGGCAGAGCAUUCUUGUUUCACAGCUGGAGGUUUUCUAAGAAUUUGCCUAUUGGAUGGCCUGGGAGGUAGGGUCAUCUAGCCAUGGAUGCUAUUGUUGCCUUAUGCUUACAUUGUUUCUUGAAACAUCUGCACUUUGUUAAUUAUAGAGAGAGCUUUGUAAGAGGUGCAGUCAUUCUAAUUAGCAUAGGUGGCUUUUUCCAUUGACUAAAUGGACUCAUUCAUUAUUGGCAUGGUUUGAAUAUUACUGAGGCACAUUGAGUCCUAGAAGUGAUGGUUAAAAGGAACCUUUAUCUCCUAUAACCCUCCUCCUUGAAGCAGGAUCAGAUCAGCCUUGCUUUUGUCUAGCUGGGUGAUGGAAGACUUUCAAGGGCAGUUUUGCUGCUUAUUUGGGUGUGAUGGAGGCAAGAAGAGUGUUGCUUGGCAUUGUCUGUUUCCUGUAUGUGGAAAAGGGUACAGGGGAAAACAAGGGGGAGAUACUGUCUGUGAGUCUUCAGGGAGAUUCCAAUUGCAGAACAAGAACCUAAUUAAAUAUGGGAGAAAACAGGGGUGUGCCAAGGCUGCAGUGCUCUAUAACCAGGAAGUAUCUGAUAAAUUAAAACCUCUCUAUUUUAAUGAAGACCUCAGUGCACAAAAGACACUUAUGGUGACCACACACAUGGGGUGUGUGGGAGGAGAUGGUACUGAGGAUACUGGUUUUAAGAAGGUUAGGGUGAUGUAGCUCAUAGCCUGCUAGCUCGUUACUGAGAUUUAGUUUAAAAGAGUCUCUGAAUCAUAAGGAAAUGCAGUAUGAUCCUUGGAAAGGCAAAAGAUGUUGAAGGCUUUUGAGGAAAGGAUGAACAGGAAAAAUUUCUGGAUGAAGCCAUUCAGGCUGUGAAGGUGCAGUCUUUCCAGAUGAAGAGAUGCUUGGACAAAAACAAGCUCAUGGAUGCUCUGAAACAUGCUUCCAACAUGCUUGGUGAGCUGCGGACUUCUAUGUUAGCUCCAAAAAGCUAUUAUGAGCUCUACAUGGCAAUUUCUGAUGAGCUGCACUACUUGGAAGUCUACUUGACAGAUGAAUUUGCCAAAGGAAGGAAAGUGGCAGACCUUUAUGAGCUAGUACAGUACGCUGGAAAUAUUAUUCCAAGACUGUAUCUCCUGAUAACAGUAGGUGUGGUCUAUGUCAAGUCAUUUCCACAGUCCAGGAAAGAUAUUUUGAAAGACCUGGUGGAGAUGUGCCGUGGAGUACAGCAUCCUCUUAGAGGCCUCUUUCUUAGGAACUAUCUCUUGCAGUGUACCAGGAAUAUCUUACCAGAUGAAGGCGAACAAGCAGAUGAAGAAACCACUGGAGACAUCAGUGAUUCGAUGGAUUUUGUGCUGCUGAACUUUGCUGAGAUGAACAAACUUUGGGUGCGAAUGCAACACCAGGGCCAUAGUCGGGACAGAGAGAAAAGGGAGCAAGAAAGACAGGAACUCAGAAUCCUAGUGGGAACAAACCUGGUUCGCCUCAGUCAGUUAGCAUGUGUUAAUGUGGAGCGAUACAAGCAGAUUGUUCUGUCUGGAAUAUUGGAGCAAGUUGUAAACUGUAGAGAUGCUUUAGCUCAAGAAUACCUCAUGGAGUGCAUCAUACAGGUUUUCCCAGAUGAAUUUCACCUCCAAACCCUGAACCCAUUUCUUGGAGCCUGUGCUGAGCUGCACCAAAAUGUGAAUGUGAAAAAUAUAAUUAUUGCUUUAAUUGACAGAUUAGCUUUAUUUGCACAUCGUGAAGAUGGACCUGGUAUCCCAGCAGAUAUCAGACUGUUUGACAUAUUUUCACAGCAGGUGGCUACUGUUAUACAGUCUCGCCAGGACAUGCUGUCAGAAGAUGUGGUAUCUUUGCAAGUUUCUCUCAUUAAUUUAGCUAUGAAAUGCUACCCAGACCGUGUUGACUACAUUGAUAAGGUGUUAGAGACAACUGUGGAAAUAUUCAGUAAACUUAACCUAGAACAUGUUGCAGCAAGCACUGCUGUUUCAAAGGAACUGACUAGACUUUUGAAGAUCCCUGUUAAUGCUUACAACAAUAUCGUGACAGUUCUGAAACUAAAACAUUUUCACCCACUCUUUGAGUACUUUGAUUAUGAGUCCAGGAAGAGCAUGAGUUGUUACGUGCUUAGCAAUGUAUUGGAUUAUAACACACAAAUUGUGUCCCAAGAACAGGUUGAUGCCAUCAUGAAUCUGGUAUCCACACUGAUCCAGGAUCAACCGGAUCAGCCUGCUGAAGAUCCUGACCCCGAGGACUUUGCUGAUGAGCAGAGUCUUGUGGGAAGAUUUAUUCAUCUUUUACAUUCAGAUGACCUCGACCAACAGUAUCUGAUCCUAAACACUGCCCGGAAACACUUUGGUGCAGGUGGAAACCAGCGUAUUCAUUUUACACUGCCACCAUUGGUUUUUGCUGCCUACCAGCUUGCUUUUCGCUACAAGGAGAACUCCAAAGUGGAUGACAAAUGGGAAAAGAAAUGCCAGAAGAUCUUCUUGUUUGCUCAUCAGACCAUCAGUGCUCUGAUCAAAGCAGAACUGGCAGAGCUGCCUCUCCGUCUCUUCCUACAAGGAGCACUGGCUGCAGGAGAGAUUUGCUUUGAAAAUCACGAAACUGUGGCCUAUGAAUUCAUGUCCCAGGCCUUCUCUCUGUAUGAAGAUGAAAUCAGUGAUUCAAAAGCUCAGCUGGCUGCAAUCACCUUGAUAAUUGGGGCAUUUGAGAGGAUGAAGUGCUUCAGUGAGGAGAACAAUGAGCCUUUGAGGACUCAGUGUGCAUUGGCAGCCUCUAAGCUCCUUAAGAAGCCAGACCAGUGCAGGACUGUGAGCACUUGUGCCCAUCUGUUCUGGUCUGGCCGAAAUACUGACAAGAAUGGAGAGGAGCUUCAUGGAGGAAAAAGAGUGAUGGAAUGCCUAAAAAAGGCUCUGAAGAUAGCAAAUCAGUGCAUGGACUCCUCUCUGCAAGUCCAGCUUUUCAUAGAAAUUUUGAAUAGAUAUAUCUACUUUUAUGAAAAGGAAAAUGAGGCAGUGACAAUUCAGGUUUUGAAUCAGCUGUUACAGAAGAUAAGAGAAGAUCUCCCAAACCUUGAGUCUACUGAAGAAACGAAACAGAUUAACAAACACUUUCUCAACACACUGGAGCACUUGCGUCUGAGGAGGGAAUCAUCAGAAUCUGAGGGGCCAACUUAUGUAGGUCUUAUUCUUUAGGCGGAUACACACUGUAAUUAUUUCUUUUUAUUUACAUACCACAUGUUGGGUUGAUUGGUGUCAGGUUGGUUUGGUUGGUGUCUGG